UAAUAAGUAAAUAACAUGUGAUUUAUGUAACAAAACAAUAAUUAUUAUACAGAAAGACAGUCAUCGGUGGCUAAAGUGAUACUAUAAGACAUGUCAUUGAUUAAGAAGAUAUCUGUAGAGCCAAUUGCAUUGCUUUACAUGUUUGCCAUAUUUGGAGAAUUUACAUGUCUUCAGGACAUGAUUUUCAUCAAAUCAUGUCUUAGUUAUUUGGGAUCCAAUAACUGUACGAUCAAUAAAAGCAUUGAAUCUCAAGACUUGAUUCAAAUUGAAGCAAUAAGUAGUCAACAAUUGCUUUAUUACAACACAUUAUUGGCGAUGACAUCAAUCUUGAGCUCAUUUAUUGCCGGUUCUUAUGGUGACUCAUAUGGACGAGUAAUACCUCUUUUAUUACCGCCGAUGCUGUCAUUUGUUGUGCAAAUAAUUUUAAUAAUUAAUACAUAUUUCAAUACAUUAGUCUUAAUAAUGAUAUGCGGAGUAUUGUCCGGUCUAUCGGGUGGUUCACCGAGUCUUUUGGCCAAUUGUUUUGGUUUUAUAUCAGACAUUACUCAUACAAAUAACCGAACCAUACGUUUAAUCAUAUUAGAGGCCAAUCUAUUUUGCGGCGCUUUCGUCGUUAGUGAAAGACAUGCUUCACAUAUAAAUGAAAGACAAUUAAAUGACAAAAACAUAUUUAAAAUGUUUGUCGAUGUAAUCAAAACUGUAUUUAGAAGAAGACAAUCAAAUAACCGCAAAAUUAUUAUUUUAUUGAUAAUAACUUUUAUUGCCGUUAGUUAUGCCACAGAAGUACUCCAGAGUUUACUAUUUCUUUAUGUUCACAACCGACCACUUGUUUGGGAUACAACUCUGUAUGCCUACUAUAGUGGUCUCAAAUUUGGUGUCACAGGUCUGGCCUUAUGUUUGCUUCCUUUAGUGCAAUAUUAUUGUUGUAAUAACAUUAGUGACACAACCGUAGCAAUUAUCGGUAUCUUUUCACGAACUCUUGGGUUAAUAUUAAUUGGUUUAUCCACUAAUAUAUAUGUCAUGUUUUCAACAAUCAUUUUAUUAGUCUUCUCUGAAUAUCCAUUGCCUGCCAUCCGAUCACUUCUUUCAAAACUAAUAGAAAGUGAUGAAAAGGGAAAAGUUUUUGCAUUUUUAACACUUUUUCACAAUAUAUGCACCCUUUCCGGUGCAAUACUUUUUCCAAUUAUCUUCAAAUAUCAGAUUCAAAAUAAUGCUUAUUCUGGUCUUUGUUUUCAAGUAAUCGCUUUCAUACAAGUGCUGGCAAUCAUUAUCUUUAUAUAUAUUCGUUAUGAACUCAAGACUGCGGUUAUUCAAAGUAAUGAAGAAUCUAAUGAAUCGGAUGAGACCAAUGAUAUUAACACACUUAACAAUAGUGAUAAUGAAACAUAA